ACGCCAGAAACGACACAAUUUUACUAUUCGUAUUCCUUCAGAGAAAAUUUUGUUUUACGAAAAAUAACCAAUAAUGAGUACAAGACAAGUAUUACAAGUCUUUGAACAGUAUCAAAAAUCAAGAGCAACCUUUGUUCAGACAGUAGCUGAACUUGCUUCUCGUCCUCAAAACAUCGAAACACUUCAAAAUGCAGGUGUCAUGUCAUUGUUGCGUCCCUUGUUACUGGACAUAGUUCCUACAAUUCAACAGACUGCUGCAUUGGCUUUGGGAAGAUUAGCUAAUUAUAAUGACGACUUAGCAGAAGCUGUUGUGAAGGGAGAUAUAUUGCCUCAAUUAGUUUAUUCACUUGCUGAGCAAAAUAGAUUUUAUAAGAAGGCUGCAGCAUUUGUGCUCCGAGCUGUUGCAAAGCACUCACCUGAAUUAGCCCAGGCUGUAGUAGAUUGUGGUGCUUUGGAUGCAUUAGUAAUUUGUUUGGAAGAGUUUGAUCCUGGAGUAAAGGAAGCAGCAGCCUGGGCACUAGGAUACAUUGCAAGACAUAAUGCUGAACUGUCACAAGCUGUUGUUGAUGCUGGUGCUGUACCAUUAUUGGUAUUGUGCAUUCAAGAACCAGAGCUUUCUUUGAAGAGAAUUGCAGCUUCUGGUCUCAGUGAUAUCUGCAAGCAUUCGCCUGAGCUUGCACAGACAGUCGUAGAUGCUGGAGCGAUUGCGCAUCUUGCGCAAAUGAUCCUCAAUCCUGAUUCUAAAUUAAAGCGUCAAAUAUUCUCAGCACUUAGCCAGAUUGCUAAGCAUUCUGUGGAUUUAGCGGAAAUGGUUGUGGAAGCUGAAAUCUUCCCGGCAAUUCUUACAUGUCUUAAAGAACAAGAUGAAUAUGUAAGAAAAAAUGUUGCAACGUUAAUUCGUGAAAUUGCAAAACAUACUCCCGAGCUUUCGCAGUUAAUUGUGAAUUCUGGAGGUGUAGCCGCUGUUAUUGAUUAUAUUGGAGAUUCUCAUAGUAAUGUUCGCCUUCCUGGAAUCAUGAUGCUGGGAUACGUUGCUGCCCAUUCUGAAAAUUUGGCUAUGGCAGUUAUUGUAUCUAAGGGAGUUGUCCAAUUGGCUAUUGCUCUAAGUGAGGAAAAGGAAGACCACAUAUUGGCCGCGACAGCUUGGGCACUUGGCCAGAUUGGACGCCACACACCAGAACACGCAAAAGCUGUUGCCGUAGCAAAUGUUCUACCGAGAUUACUGCAACUUUACCUAAAAACUGGUAGUUCUGAAGACUUACAAGCUAAGGCUAAGCGAUCAUUGAAGAACACUUUACAAAAGUGCACUCAUCUUCCAGCGUUGGAGCCUUUGUUACACGAUGCUCCGCCUAACAUACUGAAACACGUCGUAGGUCAGUUUGCUAAAGUGCUGCCACACGACAGUAAAGCGAGGAGAGUUUUUGUUACAACUGGAGGAUUGAAAAAAGUCCAAGAGAUAAAAGCAGAUCCAGCGUCAGCACUUCAUGAACAUAUCUCUACCAUAAACAGUUGUUAUCCCGAAGAAAUUGUCAGAUAUUAUUCUCCUGGUUAUUCAGAUCAAUUACUGGAAAGAGUUGAACAAUACCAACCAGUAAUUUAACUUGUUUUCAUUGUGAAGUUUUUAAAACGCGACAGGAUGUGGUAUAAAAUUUGUACAUAACAUAAUAAUAGUAACUAUUUACUGCCAGUUCUCAUCGACAGCAUUAAAUUGACACAGUAGAACUGCUGGAAUAAAUA